GAACCACCGAAAUAGUUGACGAACGGUAGCAAGUAAUUCUUAAAGUGCCGACAAUUGAACAUCUGUCUGUUGAAGAAAGGAAUUGCGGCUGUUGAAUAGAGGCCCCACGUUGUAACCCCGGAGAAACAUGGCGGAUAGUGCGAGUGAGAGUGAUUCUAGCUCCAUUGACGGGGGACCAAUAAUGAUGCCUCCAUCUCCAGUAACACGAGAACAGCUUCAAAAACGAAUUGAAUCAUUGCAGCAGCAGAACAGGGUAUUAAAAGUUGAACUGGAAACUUAUAAAUUGCGCGUGAAAGCCUUACAAGAAGAAAAUAGAGGACUGCGGCAAGCAUCAGUCAUUAUCCAAGCAAAGGCUGAACAGGAGGAAGAAUUUAUUAGCAACACCUUGCUCAAAAAGAUACAGGCUUUGAAAAAGGAAAAAGAAACAUUAGCCCAUCAUUAUGAACAAGAGGAGGAAUGUCUGACCAAUGAUCUGUCAAGGAAGUUGAAUCAGCUUCGCCAGGAGAAAUGUCGUUUGGAGCAGACUUUGGAACAAGAACAAGAAUGCUUGGUGAAUAAACUUAUGCGCAAAAUUGAGAAGCUGGAAGCAGAGACCCUAGCAAAACAAAGCAAUUUGGAACAGUUGCGCCGCGAAAAAGUAGAGCUGGAAAACACAUUGGAGCAGGAACAAGAGGCAUUGGUGAACAAGUUGUGGAAACGAAUGGACAAACUGGAGGCAGAAAAAAGGAUGCUUCAGAUUAAAUUGGAUCAACCAGUAUCUGAUCCAGCGUCGCCACGAGAAAUUAGCAAUGGUGACACUGCUGCCAAUUUAAGUACACACAUUCAAACAUUGCGCAGUGAGGUGGCAAGAUUGCGCAAUCAGCUUGCUAUAUCGCAACAAGAGCAUACUGAAAAAAUGCAGCGAUACGUUAAUGAGGAGAAGAACAUACGUGAAGAAAAUCUGCGACUGCAGCGUAAACUCCAGCUGGAAGUGGAAAGGCGAGAGGCCCUGUGUCGUCACUUAUCUGAGUCUGAGAGCAGUUUGGAAAUGGAAGAAGAGCGCCACUACAAUGAAAUUGCAAUGUCUGGGGGUAACAUGAGGUCACGUACUGUUUCAAGUCCCAUCCCCUAUAAUCCAUCGCCAAGUUCAUCCAGACCACUCAGCCCUGGCAUAAACUUGGUUGGUUCAGCACGUGAUAGCUUCUCAGCUUCAGGUGUUGCCAUGGGUCGUUGCUAUGCUUGUGGUCAGGCUACUUACCCCACAUUGCCAUUGGGCCCUAGUGGAGCCGCAGUGGCCCCAACACCUCUUGUUCCAUGUCCAACAGUUGGAGGGUUCCUGCCUGUGUCAUCCUCCCCUCCAGCACCACCAAUAGGGGGUGGUCGCCGAACAUCUGAACGCUUUAUCAAGCCAGCAAUCCCUCCAGCCACUGCAAUGGCACCAGUUAGUAAUAGUUCUCUGAUUGGAAGCCACGUGACUCCACCGCCCAAUGCUGCAUCUCCUUCGCCUAUGGAUGUUGCUAAGAGUUAGUCAUUUCUGUACUGCUUGCUUCAGCAUGAUAUAUAAGACCCAAGGUAAACAGAAUAGCAGUCUACUAGAAGUGCCAUUCUGUUUGAAUGCUAAUAAUGUGUCUUUUGGGAAGGACAUCUUUGUAUCAUUGCUGUGUUUAGCUUUAUCAACAUUGGCUGUGUUGACAAAACUUUCUGGUUGGGUUUUCUUUUCUAGCAUUUUAAAUAUUUUAUUUUUACCCCAGUACAUAGUGACAUUCACAAAAUUCCCCAAGUCAAAAUAUGAUCACUUUUCAAUUUUUUUUUAAAGUAUGGAUGGAAUAAAACACUUUUCUGGCUCUUGAAUACCGAGUGUGAUAUGUUCACAUAAAUGGAGAGACGUAAAAAUAAUGCUAGUUAAAUAUAGCUCGGAGUUCUAUCACUGAUUUAAAUAAAAUUAAGAAACUGGCUGUACUACAUUUAAAAACUUUGUGCUCGUUAACAACAUAUUUCUGUUCUAUUGUAAUAAUCUCAUAGUGCAUUUGCUCAUUAUAGUACAUAUGGUUAUAAAAUGUAUGUGCAUGGAAAGCAUUGUAAGUUAAUGCCAUGGAAUCUCUUAAAAAUAUAUAAGUAUUUAUCCAGUUCUUCCAGUUCCUGGGCCUUGUUAUGAUUCUCUUGCCAAGAAUAAUGAAUUGAUGAUGGUUGGUAUGCAGUAGAGAUCUAUGGCCACUUGCUUUCUGCACAGAUGUUUGGUCUUGUACCAGUCAUAUGACUGUGGAAUUACAUAUGCUUCAUGCCACUCGACAGUGUUUGCUUCACAGCUACUCUGAAUCCAAUGGUGCAGUUGAGUGGAAGUAUGAAUUAUGAAGACACAAUGGAAAAUCCUGUAAUUGUCAGUUUAAAAGGAAAAACUCUAAUUUUAUGAAGUAAUACAUGAUAUUGAGUGCUUUAUGGAUGUAGGUUAUGGGAAUUUGUUAAUGUGUAGGCAAGGAUUAAGAUGCUGUUUGCUCUCUCCACAACAGUGAUCUGUUAUAAAAUGCUUGGUGAAUAAUUUUGGUUAGUUCACAUUGACACUGUAAUUUUAUGUUGUCUUGUCUUUUCAGUCAGUUUUGUAUAACAGUGUUGUUAGCUUCUGAAAAUUGUGAUGCAAGAGUUUUAGCUCUUGCUCCUUCAAAUGAACAGUGUUGCUAUUAUAAUUAUGUUGGAGUGUUGAUAUGGGUGUUGGACACAGUUCUCAGGUGAAGUAGCAUAAGAAGUAUGCAUCGAUAAUUUUCAUUAACUGCUACUGUAUCACUCUAUGAAAAUUCACAUGUAUGCUUGCACAUGUGAGAAUAGAAGUUUCUAUUUUCAGUUUUAUAAAUGUCAUAUGUGAUAAUAUAACUCUUUGAGGUUCCGUUUUUUUACCCCUUGUGGUCUCCCGAAAUCCACUUAUUUUUGCAGAAAAAGUAUGGUGCCAUUUGAUUUCUAAACUAGUGAAAAAAGAUUGAACAAAUCUACUCCAGUGUAUCACCACAAAGGAAAAGUUAAAAAGCCAGAUUGAAUCCAAGUUAUGACCUCAAAGAAUUAAAACAGAUAUUUUCAUUCACACUUAUCAGAAAUUGAGAGACUUUGCUUUGUAUCUGUACAAUGAAAAUGUUGAGCUUUCACUCUUAGAGAUGACUAUGUUAAGUGUUUUCUUGAAUGGUGACAUGAUUGGUGACAAAUUCAUUAUUUACAGAAAAAUCCUGUUUAUUAAUACUCUUUGCUUAUUGAAUGAUGCCAUCAGCUGAAAUAGCAAAACAAUUAGGGAGGAUGUUUUAUGGUGCUGUCCUAUCAUUUACCUGGCAUUGCUGUGGAAUAUCACAAGAAAUCUAAAGAUGUCCAGUCACUUGGCUGAGAUUUGAAUUUGGGACCUCCAAAAUAUUAAGCAGCACUGCUAACCAUUGCACUGUGGUGUGAAAUUAACACAAUUGAAAUGAUGUUCUCCCCUUCCUGAAACUAAAUGGUUGGACAUCUUGUAGGCCUGGUUUCAGAUGUUUUUUAGAACAGAUAGUGAGCCUGGGUUGCCAGGCAGUAAGCGCAUGGACAUGGAACACACUUGCAAGCGCAGCUGGAAUUGUACAGGGUGUACACUGCUGUCAGACAUGCAUGAAAGUGCAGUACCUAAGUGGCAGUCUCAUUGGGCUGCACUGAACAGGCACCAGGACAUAGCAGACAGAAUUAUGUUGGCCACAUCACUUCCUACAGAGCUUUCUUCGCACCACUGUUUGAUCCAUCAAUGAAGAGAUUCUUAUUGGUUAAACUGUCAUUGAAGGCACUGUUACACCUCUGGAUAGAAACUAUAUUUGUAGUCCCAUGUCAAAUCUCAGCUUGGGCUAUUACAACUUCCUUUGACACCCAUCAUAGUAUCAUUAGACAGAACAGUGUGAGCUACUGACAACAGCAUUGCUGUGGUUGUUGAUGCUAUGUGAGUCACUUCAGUCUCAAGUACAGACCUCAAAAUGUCUGGCUUAUGGUGCUUUGCACAACAUUAUGGAAAUGGAAUGCUAGGCUCAUAGUAAACUAGCUGCAGUGGCUUCAUCCAGAAGCUGGUAAUAUUACCUAGUGUAGCUGCAAGAAAACUACCUUCCUCACAUUGCCUCUUGUUGUAUCUAUAUUUGUGCAAGUGUGUGUUUAUUUUCUUUAAAGAUAAACACAUUUAAAUGAUCUGUUGGGCAUUAUUGUGAAUUGAAGUAUUACUUAAUAUAAACAGUUAAAAUUUCUGUAUUACAUCUGUUUUCAAAGAAAGGGAAUGAAGGUUUGUGAUUAUUGAAAGAGCUUACAAGCGUAUAUUGGUGCGUGCUUUGUUUUUCUUUGUCCUGUAUAAGGGUAAAAUGUGAUGUAAGAAAACAGGGUGCACAUUCUUUCUGUGCUUCAUUUAUUUCUUGCUUUAUACUGUAUGUCACAUUCCAAGUACUGGACUGAAGGUUAUCCUCUUCCUCCCUUCUUAUGAUUAUAUUUUCUUUUCAAGAUGAUAUUGAUUUGAAAUUGUAGUACAGUUAUUUCAAGAAUGAAUCUUUAAUAUUUAGUGUUGUUAUCUUGUGUAUGGGAACAGUUUGUUCAAUGUGACAGUUGCAAGUUUAAAAUUGUAAAGCUAUCUACAUGUGGAAGAAGGACCUACUUGCUGGGUUUGUUAUUCAUGUAUAUAUAAAGAAUGCUUUCUUUUGACACAUCAGUAUAUUUGUGUACAGUUGAAAUGUUACAUGGUUAACAUUAUAACCUCGCUUUUCCAGUUAAAAAAUGUUUCGUUUUCUGUGCGAAGUGUGCUUUGAAUUAACAAUACUUGUUGUUUAAAUUGUCAAUUACUUUAUGUAAUGACCUACUUAGAAGGGGAAAUAUACUUACAAUCAGAAAUUACUAAGGAAAGAUUGUGGAAUGUUAAGAUGCGGCCAGGAUUAAACUUCUUGGCUGCACACUGUAUUAAGUUUCCUUCAUGAAUAUGUUAACUUGAGUAUUGUUGGUAAUGUCAUGUUUAUUAUUAUAAGCUAUCAGUUUGAAAUCAAUAAAAAUACUUUCGAAACA